UUUCUCAAUGUUUUUGUCUUUCAGGGAACCUGGUCAACCUGAGGCAUUCCGUCAUAGAUGCCUGUCUGCCUCAGGCUAACCACAUCCCCCACUCAGGCAAGAAAUAUCAUUGGAUUCAACAUCGCACUAUUUUCUGCUGUAUUGCUUCCUAACCCAUGAACUGAUCCAUCGUUAUUGCACUAGUUGGGUAACUACUAGUUGUCUGCAGCAAAGUACAUGAACCAUCCUGCAUCUCGCGCAUCUAUCAUCGUUUCGAUUGCGAUUUCCUGAGCAUGACGCUCCGUUCCUAGACAUAAUAACCCCUACUUGGUUUCUGGGACUACAACACCGGGUUGGUCUUGUAUACUCGUUUUUAUCCCUCGAUCCCCGGUUUCAAUGGGAACAUUCUCGUCUUUUAGUCUCCAUCCACAUGAACGAUCAUGUCCCAUUCUUUGGAUGCGCCGCCGCCCCAGCACCUCCCCAUCCGCCGCUCCUUUACCCUUCCCACCAAACUGAACCCGGCCAGGCAACGCAGCCCGGACUCCUUCAAACCCUCGGAGAAUGAUCUCUUCUAUCAUCCGUCUGCAAAGGUCGUCCAUUUCGCCCCUCGAGCCGUAGUGCCGAUCCCGUCCAGCAGCGCACCCUCGGAUUUUGACUACCCCGUUGACACCGUCGAGACCCUACCCUGGAAAUCCCCCACCGAACGAACGGUCGCGUUUGCUCCCUUGAGGCUUGAAAAGGUCCAUGGCUUGACCGUCUUCCUCAAGUGCGGUAGUGUCGUGCAUGCGAUCCUCAAAAACUCGCAGUGUUGGUGUGUUGACGGGGAAUCCACCUUUGUCCUGCGCAUCCGCCCUCUGACAUACUAUCGUAUCGAACUUCCGAACGAAACCGAGCAGGACAAGACGCUUGUGGCCCAGAUGAAAGAUGCGCUGCCAAAGAUCCUUCGAUAUGAGGUUACACCGUGUCCUUUUCAGCGAGGCUUUACCGUUGAGAUUCCGGAGGAGGCUAAAGCUCCUCGCCGAAGGAAGGCGUGGCGUCCGAAGGGUCGCAGGGAGAGUGCGCCCAUGCAAUCAACCUACUGCAAAGAGGCUAGGAGUUUACUGGGCGUUGCAACGCCAGAAUCCCUCAGCGCAAGUGAAGAUACGGACGGGGACGCCACCGACGAUAGCGGCUUUACAACAAGAGGUAGCAACAGUACCAUUUUGGAGACGAUCCGAGACGAUAGCGAACCCUCUUCGGAAUCUCUUCAGGUUCCGAGGCCCAUCGAGCUGCCACAACGGUCAGUGAGUGAGACGCAGCAGAGCUUCCAUACCUUGCUGGCGAGGUUUGAGGAUACUCCGGAGCCAGAGGCUAGCCAGGAGCUGCUCCUCUCUUCUAGCGUUGACUCUUUUCACUCUAUCGAGCUCCCCAUUUCACCCUAUCAUGCCUCGGAUCCAUACUUGACCCCCGAAUCACUUAAUUCUGGGCAUGACGACGCACAUCAGAUAGUCCAGGAGAUACCAGGUGAAAGCAGCAAGAUUUCAGAGCCCGAGCCUCAAGAGCCACCCUCUCCUAAGACUAAAGAACUAUUCAAUCCCCAGGGAGACGAAGAGCAACCCCGCGUGUCUGCACUCGCAGCAAAAGACCCAUUUUCCGAGCUAGAGUCCAACCUAGCCUGGACUACUAGCACCAAAACUACCGACUCGAAUCCCCAUCUUUCUAGCAUGAGCGUCGAAUUCCGCCGCCGCUCUAAAGCAUCCCGCAAACGAGAAAUCUCUCCAAUGCCUCCAGCGUCUACCUUGGUCCUCGCAACCCCAGAGAAACAUGACGCAACCUCUCUCAUCCAGAAGACAUGUACGCUCGUUCUGGUCCCUCCAAUCCAACUCCUCAUAGUCCUGAUCCACAUCGCAGCUCGGAUCGUCAUCGGUCCCGCUAUCAACACCACCAUUGGGGGCCUCGACCGGAAAUUCGAAUGCCAUGUCUCUGACCCCCACGAAGGGGUGGAUGAUUUCGAUCUUCCCCUUGCACCUGACUGUCCUAGAAAACCGUCUAUUUCCGGACAGUCGACUGGUUCAGACCCUUGGGGGCUGGACUAGGCUCUCUGAAUGACUUUUACGUCCUACCAAUGUUUGAAUAGUUCCAUGCUAAUGCAAUUUGUACCCCUCCCCCUUUUUUAUGUACCCCAUUUCUGUGUGAUAACGCUUUGGCAUGGUUGAAUUUCUUGGUCUUACUUUCUUUUAAUAUGGGUAUGGGUAUGGAUCUGGGUAUGGGUAUGGGUGUAUUUUGGCCCUGUUUUGCAUGGUAUAUGUAUCUCCUAAUUUUUGUUUUGAUUGUAUUCUAGCAUAUUAUAUCAGCAGCACCCAUUAGGUAGUAAUUAAUGAAUGACAACGCCC